AUGCAUUCGUUGUGUGUUGACAUCGAAAUUAGGUUCAAGCAUUCAGGAAAGCGAGAUAAGAUAUUUAUCGCGACCAAAGGGGGCUUUACUCGUGCUGGUACAAACAAUGACCCAGAAUUUCUUAAAGCUGCGUUAGAGUCUUCGUUGAAAAAUUUGGGAGUCGACACGAUCGACCUUUAUUAUCUUGCUCGCAUUCAACGUACCAUUCCUAUUGAGAAAACCGUCGCAGUACUUGCGGAAUUUGUCAAAGCCGGGAAGGUUAAAUACAUAGGCCUAUCUGAAUGCUCAGCUGCAACGCUUCGCCGUGCGCACGCUGUACAUCCCAUCACGGCGGUAGAGGUCGAAUACUCUCCCUUUGCACUCGAUAUAGAAGGGGAGAAAAACGGGCUACUGAAAACGUGUCGCGAGCUUGGAGUAGCUGUCGUAGCCUACUCCCCAUUGGGAAGGGGUGUUUUGACCGGUGCAUAUAAAUCUCCAGACGACUUCCAUCCUGAUGACUCGAGGAGGAAGCUCCCAAGGUUCUCCAACGAGGCUUUCCCAUACAUUUUAAGCCUCGUCGACGUUCUACAGGACAUUGCUAAAGCACACAAUGCGACGCCGGGACAAGUCACACUCGCGUGGAUUCUUGCUCAAGGAGAAGAUAUCAUUCCUAUCCCAGGGACAAAGACAGUCAAGUAUUUAUCAGAGAAUGCAGGCGCAGUCAACUUCAAAUUGACAGCAGAAGAAAUCAAAUCAAUCAGGCAGAGUGCGCAAAACCUGGAAUUGGUUGUUGGUGACCUGCCCCGAUACCCCGAUGGCCUUGCAGGUGACCUGUUUGCAGAUACCAUUGAAUUAUCGUAA